AUGGAGACGGCGAGGGACGUGAGGAGGCUUGUGAGGAAGUCCACUAGCGUUAAUUCCAAAUUCGGCGUCCGCUGCCGAAACAAGAUCAGGAUCGUGACAACUGGUGCAGUCCCACCCCUCCUCGACCUCCUCAAACACCAAGCUGACAACCUGAGGGAAUUAUCCGCUGUUGCAAUCCUAUCACUAUCGUCUGCACCACCCAACAGGCCCACCAUAACAGCUUCCGAGGCCCACGUUCAAUUGGUCUGGAUCCUGUGCUCGGGCAGCGUUCUUGGACGGGACGAACCCAAACCGAACCUCGACCCAAGGGUCGUGCCCCCACUAAUCAACCUCUUGAAAAAAUAUAAAAAAGACUCCAAAUUCACCGAGAAGGCGCGUUUCCUCUUGGAGAUAUUCUCGGACUCUGAAGAGGGUCGGAAUACAAUUACUGAAUCAGAAGGUGGGAUUUUAACCUUGGUGGAGACUGUGGAAGACGGGUCCUCAUUCAGCAUGUUGUAUACUGUGGGGGCAUUAUUGUCAUUGUGUAGGAGCUCACGGGACAAGUAUCGGAAGCUUAUUCUUAACAAGGGUGUUAUCCCGGGCCUUUUGCGCAUGACAGCCGAGGGUACCCCAACCGCUCAGGACCGGGCUCGGACGGUGUUGGAUUUGCUCAGGGAUUCGCCUCCUGAGAAGAGACUCACCAUGUUGGAACUCGAGAGGAUUGUGUACGAUUUUGCUGCACAUAUUGACGGGAAGGGCAAGGCCAUGGAGACUGCUAAGAGAUUGUUGCAUGAUAUGGCUCAGAAGAAUGCGGAAGCUGAUUUAACCAAGAAAUGCUUGCGAGGUGAACUUUUUACGACCUUACUCAGAGUUUUAUGUUUUUAA